CUUAUCAUUGGUAAUCAUCUUUUUUUGAGUUUCAAAACAUUCCCAUGGCUGCCCACAAAAUCUCUUGUGUUGUUUUCUUUUUGUUAUUGGGAUUAGGCAUCUCCUCUGCUGCUAGGUCCCUCCUUACUUAUGAACAUUUAGGGGGCUAUGCGGGUGGUGGUGGUGGUGGUAGUGGUUCUGGUGGGGCAGCUGUUUAUGAUGGCGGACAUGCAGCUGGAUAUGGCGGUGGAGGUGGUGAAGGAGGCGGUGUAGCACAUGGUGGAUAUGCUGGUGGAGGUGGUGGUGGAAGUGGUGGUGGUGGUGCAUACAGUGAAGGAGGAGCGCAUGCUGGUGGUUAUGGUGGUGGUGAAGGCGGUGGAGCUGGUGGAGCCGGUGCAUAUGGUGGAGGUGCUUAUGCCGGUGGUGGCGGUGGUGGAAGUGGUGGAGGUGGUGCUGGUACAUAUGGUGCUGGAGGAGAGCAUGCUGGAGGAUAUGGAGGUGGUGCAGGUGGUGGUCAUGGAGGAGCUUAUGCAGGUGAGGGUGGUGGUGCAUAUGGUGGUGGUGGUGGCAGUGGAAGUGGUGGAGGAGGUGCAUAUGGUGGAGCAGGAGGACAUGCUGGAGGCUAUGGAGGUGGUGAAGGUGGUGGCCAUGGAGGAGCUUACGCCGGUGGUUCUGGAGCAUAUGCUGGAGGUGGUGGGAGUGGAAGUGGUGGAGGAGGUGCAUAUGGUGGAGCAGGAGGACAUGCUGGGGGCUAUGGAGGUGGUGAAGGUGGUGGCCAUGGAGGAGCUUAUGCUGGAGGUGGUGCUGGUGCAUACGGUGGUGGUGGUGGAAGUGGUGGUGGCGGUGCUGGUGCUUAUGGUGGUGGUAGUGAAGCUGCAGGUGGUGGAUAUGGUAGUGGAGGAGGAGCAGGUGGUGCUGCUGCAGGAGGAGGGCAUGCAUAUGGUGCAGGUGGCGGAGGUGGUGAAGGAGGAGGUGGUGCCUAUGCAGGUGGUGCUCAUGCAGGUGGAUACGGUGGUGGUGCUGGAGGUGGUGAAGGAGGUGCCCAUGGUGGGUAUCCUUGAGUUCAAAUCGCCAAUUCCAAACUUGGCCUACAUUAGUAAUAAUGAGAUUGAAGAUUCAAAACUACAUGUAGUAAUGUAACCGAUACUCAUUAGUCCAUGAAGAACCUGCAAUAUGUAGUCAUGUAACUUUAUCAAUCCUAUAGUUGCUUCAUAAUUUUACUUUAUGAUUUGGAUACAUAAUGAAAUCGUGAGCUCUCCCCAUACAGCCACUUCAUGGUACUAAUUGAUUAAUGAUUGCAGUUAA